UGAGGAAGACAGGUACCCGGAUCAAUUGACUGCUCCAUGGAUCUAGAUUGUGGAUCCCGGAAUCGUGGGCCUAUGUUCCCAUCCUCAUUGCCGGGGUAAAGGUGCAGGUAUAUAUGAUGGGCAUGUCCAGACAUCUGCUCUCCACGACACUUCAACCCUCUUCGUCCAUCUCUCCAGAAUGAAGGUCCCCGCUGCCCUCGCGGUCCUCGCCGCCAUUCCCCUCGCCACCGCCGCCCCAGGUGGUCCUGGAGGCGGACCUCACGGCCCUAAGAACAAGGAACCGGGCCUGGACGUCCUAGCUAAGCGUGCAGGACUCCUCUACUUCGGCACCGCCAUCGACAACGUCGUCCUCAACAACACGAAGUAUGUCUCGAUCGCGUACAACCGCUCCGAAUUCGGCCAAGUGACUCCCUCCAACGGCCAGAAGUGGCUCUUCACUGAGCCAUCCCGUGGUGUCUUCAACUUCACCGACGGUGACGAGAUCGUCAAGGCCAGCAUCAAGGCUGGCCAAAUGCGCCGCUGCCACAACUUCGUGUGGCACUCGCAGCUCCCCGAGUGGGUCGAGAAGGGCAACUUCACCAAGAAGGAGCUCACCUCCAUUCUGGAGAACCACAUCAAGCACGUGGGCAAGUACUACUACGAUGCGUGCUAUGCUUGGGACGUUGUGAACGAGGCCUUCAACGAGGACGGCACGUACCGCGAGACGGUUUGGUACAAGACGAUUGGGCCCGAGUACAUUGAGCUGGCCUUCAAGUUCGCGAGGAAGUACACCUCGAAGCAUACCAGACUGUACUACAACGACUACAACAUCGAAACCGUCAACAACAAGUCGACCCGUGUCGCCGAGCUCGUCAAGGACUUCAAGCGCCGCAACAUCCCCAUUGAUGGCGUCGGCCUGCAAGCACACUACACGACCGGCCGCUCCCCCAGCUACGAGGCCCAGAUGAAGACGAUCAAGAUGUUCAACGACCUCCGCGUAGAGGUUGCCCUGACGGAGCUCGAUGUGCGCAUGCCCUCUCUGCCCGAGACGCCGGAGAUGGUUGCGCAGCAGGCCACGGACUACGCGAAUGCCGUCAAGGCAUGCAAGGACAGCAAGGACUGCGUUGGCGUGACGGUGUGGGACUUCUGGGAUCCCGUCAGCUGGGUGCCGUAUACGUUCCCCGGCCAAGGCAAUGCAUGCUUGUGGGAUGAGAAGUUCAACAAGAAGCCGGCUUAUUAUGCCAUUGCUGAUGUGUUGAGGGAGUAGGUGUAUCGGGGAGGAGGUAGAUAGGAUGGGAGGAUUGAAUUAUACAUAUGAUAAUUUUGAAUGUUGAAGACAUGUUUUGUCAGUGUCUCUGUGAUACGGGGGUUAGCAUUGUUGGCGUUGAUUGUUCAAAGUG